CAGAGGAUCGAGUUACACGACGCCCCAUCUUUAAGCCCCAGUCAGAGCGCCGUUAGCUGAAGGACAACAGAGGAAAGUACGGAACACCGGCCGAAAGAGCGUCCAACGGCGGCACGCGCAUGCCUUGAAAAAAGAGGAAGACCAUAAACUCAUCUGGAGGUCUCAACAUGAUAGAAACAAUGGACACCCAGCGUGCCUUGCAGGCGGUGGAGCGUCUCCAGGCCAAACUGAAGGAGAGGGGGGAGGUGCCCACCGAGGAGAAGCUCAGCCUGCUCAAAUCUGUCCUUCAAAGCCCCCUCUUCCAUCAGAUCCUGGCCCUGCAGAAAUCUGUCCAGCAUCUCAAAGACCAGGGUGGUGUACCCGCAUCCAGAGGGAACGAACAUCAAGACCAUGGAAAGGCAGUCAAGCCCCACGGAGGCCACUCGGAAAGUUCCGCCACCGCACACAUCAAUGGCCGAACGCCAUCCGAGGAGUUCGAGCACGUUGUCCAAUCGAUGGCGCAGGGACGCUACGUGGCACAUGUGGAGCUGCAGAAGCCAGCUUCAGGAGGACUUGGCUUUAGCGUGGUGGGCCUGAAGAGUGAGAACCGCGGGGAGCUCGGCAUUUUUAUUCAAGAGAUUCAGCCAGGAAGUGUUGCUGACUGCGAUGGAAAGCUGAAGGAGGCCGACCAGAUCUUGGCCAUCAACGGUCAGCCCCUCGAUCAGACAGUGAGUCACCAGCAAGCCAUCAGCCUUCUGCAGAGUGCGUCAGAGAGAGUGCAGCUCACAGUGGCUCGAGGACCAAUACCCCAGCUGACUAGUCCUGUCGUGUCCCGCACGCCGUCUGCUGCCAGUACUCUGUCAGCCAAUUCCAGUGCGUGGCAACAUGUGGAGACAAUUGAGCUGGUAAACGAUGGCACCGGCCUUGGGUUCGGUAUUGUUGGAGGAAAGACCACAGGGGUCAUUGUCAAAACUAUCCUUCCUGGAGGCAUAGCGGACCAGGACGGACGGCUGCGCAGUGGAGACCACAUCCUAAGAAUCGGAGACACCGACCUCCACGGGAUGGGCAGUGAGCAGGUGGCUCAGGUUCUACGGCAGUGCGGGAACAGAGUAAAGCUGGUUGUGACCAGGGGUCCGGUGGAGGAGACCCCGUCUGCGGUCAUGUCAAUAGUGCUUCCUACUGUCAGUGAGCAUCAGGCUGAUGAGGAAGAGGAGGCUGAGACCUUCAACGUGUGCCUCACCAAGAAUGCACAGGGACUGGGGAUCACUAUUGCCGGCUACGUGGGGGAUAAAAAUUCAGAGCCCUCUGGUAUCUUUGUUAAGAGCAUAACAAAAGACAGCGCUGUUGAUCAAGACGGCCGCAUACAUGUGGGAGACCAGAUAAUAGCUGUGGACGGCGUAAACAUCCAGGGACACACCAACCAGCAGGCAGUGGAGGUGCUCAGACACACCGGCCAGACCGUCCGCCUUAAGCUGAUCCGUCGGGGGUUCAGGCCCGAGGAGAUCCCCCCCGCCGUGUCGCCCAGCGCCUCCGUCCUGUCCCCAUCCACCACCACCACCGCCACGGUCAUGAGGGAGCUGGAGCUGGAGAGGAGGCACGCCGAGGAACCCGCCGAAAGUAAGAAGGAAGAGAAGCAGCUCCACACAAAGACUGAUGGAUCUGAUAUCACCCCCGCCAUGGAUCAGCUACCAAUAGACAAACCUGGGUUGAAGUUAACACCAAUGGAAGAAGAAGAAGUUGUAAAGAAGUGGCAGAAGAUUUUGGGUCCAAGUAAUGAAGUUAUUGUGGCUCAGGUGGAGAAGUUCAGUGAGAGCAGUGGGUUGGGCAUCAGUCUUGAAGCCAGCCGUGGACAUCACUACAUCCGCUCUGUUCUUCCUGAAGGACCUGUGGGUCGAUCUGGGAAACUGUUUAGUGGGGAUGAACUGGUGGAGGUUAAUGGUAUUUCUCUGAUUGGUGAGACCCACAAAGAAGUGGUGAGAAUCUUGAAGGAGCUUCCUAUCUGUGUGUACAUGACAUGCUGCCGGCCGGCUCUGGAUCUUCCAUCCCAUAAAGACGCUAAUCAGGCAGAACCAGAGAAUCAAAUAGACCUCAGAAGUGAACAAGUCACUGAGGAGUCAGCGGGAAACACUGAAGCAGCGACGCAGGAUACCGUGACGGAGGAGGGGAUAGGAUCUUCUUUGGCUAUGUGGGAGUUAGAGAUCCAGAAUAUUGAGCUGGAGAAGGGAGAAGGAGGAUUGGGAUUCAGUAUUUUGGAUUACCAGGACCCACUGGACCCGGACAAGACGGUGAUCGUCAUCCGCUCUUUGGUACCUGACGGUGUCGCAGAGAGGGACGGCCGACUGUUGCCAGGAGACAGACUCAUGUAUGUCAAUGACACAAACCUGGAAAAUGCGAGUCUGGAGGAUGCUGUCCAGGCCCUGAAGGGGGCCAAGCUUGGCAAAGUCCAGAUCGGAGUUGCCAAGCCGCUGCCUGUAAGCAUGAGUGGAAUAUGUGGAUAUUCCCAUUCUCCACACCCAUAUGGUGACCAGAAAGUAACUCCAUCUUCCAUCAUCCAUCAGUCAUUUGACUUCUGCAAUGUUUUGAUUGAAGAAGGAGAGGAGGAGGGACUGGCUGAGGGCGUCCUUUACCGAGCUGAACCUGCAUUGAUCGAUCCGUGUGAAGGAGACCUCUCUGACGAAAGACUGUUAGAUCAUACCUACUCGGGGGUAGAGGAGGACACUUUUCAGGCGUCCAUGAUUGCUCUGCAUGGGAGUGUCUGCAGCGCUGACCUGGAUUAUCUGCAAUCAUCCACACCCAAGCUGACAGCUCGCCUGAAGCCAGGCUUUACAGACGACACUCAAGUGUUUCCUCCAGACAAGUUCGACUCCUACAGUCCUGCCAGCUCCACCGCUCACAUCCCCGCCAUUAGUGCCAUCCUAAGUAGCUCUGAUCAAUAUUUGGCUCAAUCUCAGAGCAAAGAAGAACAACCAGAGCCUUCAAACUUAUACAGCACUUUGGCUGAAAUCGAGGGCAGAUCUAUUGACCAGGAAGCAUCUAUGGAUCCUCUUCAGUACCUCAAGGAGCCUACCAUCUCUAUUGGAGAUGUUGGAAAUGUGCUGAGAUUAAAGGACGACGAGGCCGGUGAGAAAGAGCCUGCAGAAGUCGGGUUGACCUCGGGGAGCAAUUUUGAAAGGACUAUCACAGUCGUCAAGGGCAACUCCAGCCUUGGAAUGACUGUGAGCGCUAUGAAAGAUGGCCUAGGAAUGCUGAUCCGCAGCAUAAUCCACGGGGGAUCCAUCAGCCGCGACGGACGCCUGGGGGUCGGGGACCUCAUCCUUGCCAUCAACGGAGAGCCGACCACCAACCUGAGCAACGCCCAGGCUCGCGCCAUGCUCAGAAGGCACUCCCUCAUCGGGCCCGACUUGGGAUCUGCUUGUGCACCCGAGGACGAUCUGUGCCCAUUUUAUGUCAUCAAGUAUGUCCCAGCUGAGUAUCUGGAGGAGUACAAGGCCAGCUUGGAGCAAGCUCAUGAAGAUGUCUUCUCUGAGGAAGUUUCAUCUUCUCUUCCAGUUCCAAAAAUAAUCUCAAAUCUACCCGAGCGUGAAGACGGAGAGGGAGAAGAGAGCGCGUCUUACGGAAACUGGAACCAGCCUAGAAAGGUGGAGCUCUUCCGAGAGCACGGCAAGUCCCUGGGGAUCAGCAUUGUCGGGGGCCGGGGGAUGGGGAGCCGGCUGAGCAACGGAGAAGUGAUGAGGGGCAUUUUCAUCAAGCACAUCCUGGAGGACAGUCCAGCGGGGCAGAACGGGACUCUGAGGACCGGGGACAGGAUCAUUGAGGUGGACGGGGUGGAUUUAAGGGACGCCAGCCACGAGGAGGCAGUGGAAGCCAUCCGGAGAGCAGGAAACCCCGUGACCUUCCUGGUCCAGAGCAUCAUCCAGAGACCACGCCCUGCUUCUGUUCACAGUCCAGCUCCUUCAGCAGCUUUAGAGAAAAGCACGCUAGCACGCGUUCCGCAGCACACGCGUCAGCAACAGUCAUCGAUAACGGACGGCGCCGAGGAGAGAGCCGCAGCCGCCACAGCCAGGGACGUCAAGGACAAGGAGGGGGACAGUCACAGUAGACUUUUCCUCCGCCUCUCCCCAACUAACCCUUUCACUCCUACCCCGUUUAAGCCGCUGAAACGUGAAACGGCGAAGAUCUCCCCCACUGGCACCCUCCUCGCCCUCCCGGUGGUACCCCACGCUGGGGAGAGUGACACAGAUGCGCUCACAGAGGCUCCUGCGGUAACGGGUGAGGAGGGCGAAGAGGAGAAGGUGGAUGAGUUUGGAUACACCUGGAAGAGUGUUAUCCAGCGGUACGGCAGCCUCCCGGGGGUCCUACACAUGAUCGAGCUGGAGAAAGGCAAGACAGGCCUGGGCCUCAGCCUGGCCGGGAACCGGGACCGCUCCCGCAUGAGUGUGUUCGUGGUGGGGAUAGAUCCCAACGGGGCGGCGGGCAUGGAUGGACGGAUCCUUGUGGGAGACGAGCUCCUAGAGAUCAACGGGCAGAUUCUAUACGGCCAAAGUCAUCAGAACGCGUCGUCCAUAAUAAAGAGUGCCCUGUCUAAAGUCAAAAUCAUCUUCAUCAGGAACACAGAAGCCCUCAACCAGAUGGCCGUGGGACCGGUGAGAGGAGAAACGCAGGAGUCCCACGCCGAGUCAGAAACAAACACUGCUGAUGAUGACUCCUCAAAACAACUUCAUCACAUCAUAAAGUUGAAGGGGGACGGAGGACUUGGGAUCACGUUUGUUGAUGGCGACACAGAGUCUGGAGUUGAGGUUCAGAGUAUAUCAGAAGUGACGGGCCACUCUGGGCAUGAGGGCUGCAUGAAACCAGGGGACAAGCUCCUGGCAGUGAACGGGGUGUCCGUGCUUGGAUACACCAUCGAGAAGGUUAAUUCUCUGCUGAGAAAAGCUAAAGGUCCAGUGAGGCUAACCUUCUCUACAGCUGAGACCCCCUCCUUCUCCUUUUCUCAGUCAGAAGGUCAGGACAGCAAGCACUCCGAGGAAGUCCUCGCAAGUCUACCCAGCAUGCCUAGCUCCAGCCCAACUCCAGAGACGGAAGCGGUGGCGAGCUUCAGUCGCUCAUCCACCCCUUCCACUUUGGCCUGCGACCCAACGACCUGUCCCAUCAUCCCCGGCUGUGAGACCACCAUUGAGAUCAGUAAGGGCCGCACAGGCCUAGGGCUCAGCAUCGUGGGAGGCUGCGACACCCUGCUGGGAGCUAUCAUUAUCCACGAAGUUUAUGAGGAAGGAGCAGCUUCCAAAGAUGGCAGACUGUGGGCAGGAGACCAAAUCCUGGAGGUGAAUGGUAUUGACCUGCGAGCAGCUAGCCACGACGAUGCCAUCAAUGUGCUGCGGCAAACGCCACAAAGGGUCCGGCUCACGGUCUUCAGGGACGAAGGCCAGUACAAGGAAGAAGACCUGUGGGACUCCUUCGAUGUGGAGUUGCUCAAAAAGCCGGGGCAGGGCCUGGGCCUCAGUAUUGUUGGCAGGAGAAACGACACAGGAGUGUUUGUGUCAGACAUUGUGAGGGGAGGCCUGGUGGACGCCGACGGACGCCUGCUGCAGGGCGACCAAAUCCUGUCGGUCAACGGCGAGGAUGUCCGGUCGGCCACUCAGGAGUCGGUGGCCGCCCUUCUCAAGUGCUGCAUUGGACCCAUCAAGCUGGAAGUGGGGAGGUUUAAAGCGGGCCCGUUCCACUCUGAAAGAAGGCUGUCCCAGAGCAGUCAGAUAAGCGAAACGGGCAGCUCCAAAGUGGCUCGUCUGUCGUGUUCCGACUCCGGAAACCUUCUCUGCGACUCUGAGAAGCAAAGUGCGACUCAAGAUCGUGAGUACCAAGAAACCCUUCAGUCGUCUGUGUCGAAGCAUCAAACAAUCCAUUCAAAACUCUUUUCAGCUGCAGAACAUCAAGACGUCCGAACGGUGGAGUUGACCAAAGGCCCCAGCGAUUCUCUGGGCAUCAGCAUCGCGGGCGGCGUGGGCAGCCCUCUGGGCGACAUCCCCAUCUUCAUCGCUAUGAUGAACCCCGUCGGCCUGGCCGCUCAGACCCAGCUGAAGGUGGGAGACAGAAUUGUCAGCAUUUGCGGCACCUCGGCUGAAGGCAUGAGCCACUCACAGGCUGUCACUCUGCUCAAGAACACCACGGGAACAAUCCAGCUGCAGGUGGUGGCGGGUGGCGACACCUCAGUGACGGGCCCCUCUCAGGACCAGCUGACGCCCAGCUGCAUCUUCCAGGAUGACAUCGGCCCCCCCCAGUACAAAACCAUCACCCUGGAGAGAGGACCCGACGGGCUGGGCUUCAGCAUCGUCGGCGGCCACGGCAGCCCGCACGGGGACCUGCCCAUUUACGUCAAAACCGUUUUCGGAAAGGGGGCGGCGGCAGAGGACGGUCGCCUGAAGCGAGGAGACCAGAUCAUCGCCGUCAACGGGCAGACCCUGGACGGAGUCACCCACGAGGAGGCUGUCGGCAUCCUGAAACGGACCAAGGGAACCGUUACGCUCACCGUGCUGUCAUAGACGCCGUCACUGAGGGAGGAAAACCUACUAGAGGUAGAAGGUCACUGAUGAAGGUCACUGUGAAGCAUUCCAUGACACUGGACUGAAGUGUUGUUAUUGCACAGCUUGUUAUCACUGAUCUGAAGGAGAAAGUGUGUUUGUGGAGUUUCAGAAAUAUAGCGCUGCUAAAGCUCAUUUAAGAACAUAAAGUCAGUAUUUUUUUAAAGAAUUGAUGUUCAAAAACUGUGAGCCGAGCUCAGCUGGACUGUCAGCUAGUCAGGCAGGAGUUGUGUGGUUUAGGGGCAAAGUAAGACGUCUUCUGUAUUAUCACCUCUCUAGUGCUGCCACUUGGACAGUAUUGUGUCUGUUAACACUGAAUUUAAUAAAAGUGACCUUUGAAUUCC